AUGAAUACGUCGAACCAGAACGGAGAGAAAAACCUGUUGAUAUAUGACAAGUCCAGCAAGGUAGGAUGCAUUUACUUCAUAGGCAUCAGCAGCAACUUCUAUCGAGGCAAAGUGAUUCUUAAAAAAAACUGCAUCAGUGACAGAAUAGUGAGAUACACAAACUUAAGCGAAAAUUUGUUGUUAAUAAAAAAUGGAAAUUACAAUUUUAAACAAACGGCAAUAUUAAUUAAAGGGAUAACCAUCUUUCUGCACAGGCAGCUGGAGGUGUUACUAACUGAUUUCUAUGCCAUGUAUAAGAAGUGCUUAUUCAGUAGCCUGAAUGAAUGUAGGCUCCAAAAUGUGGAGACCACGAUGAUGGCACUUUUCGAAGGAAAAAGGCCAACUACCUAA